CUCUGCAAACCUCUUCGGAAGUGCUCCGAUCGUAGAAUCUCCCUUUUGGAAUCCUUCAAAACCUCGCAACACUUUAGACCUCAUCCCAAAGGCUCGUACUUGGAACAAACAAACUGAGCUCACAAAUUCUCCAAAUCGCAGCUGCCGAUCAUCUAUCCAUCUUCGACUUCAUCUUUGUCUUCAACCAAAACCUCCGACCAUCAACAUGACUGCUGGAAGCCCCGUUGCCGUUGCUGAUUCCUUUCACUUCUCCCACUACUACUGGAGGGAGAUUGAGCAAACUGGAAGUCAGGAAUCGUCUGAUGAUGAAAACAGUACAGCUCCCGCGUUCAAGCCAAAACCCGUGGCCAGUAAUUCCAUCAAGCUCAAGUUCUAUGCUCAAGUAAUGGGCGAUGCUUCUGAACAAAUUCACUUUGGAAAGUGGAACAACAUUGAUGAGAGCCAACCAGAUGCUUACGGCAAAGCCAGUGAGGCCAUGACAGACUACAUGUUUGACUUGGCCAAGAGUCUCUUGCCUCAUCGCGUGGACGAAAACGACUUUACCUACGUCGAUCUGGGCAGUGGUACAGGAGCUGCUGCCAUUCGGCUGUGCGAACACAACCCCUUUAUCCUUCAGGCAACCUGCCUGAACUUGUGCCAUGCCCAAAAUAUGAAAGCCAUGCAACGAGCCAAGGAAGCUGGCUUGGGCAACCGCUUGGAGAUUGUCGACGGAUCCUUCGAGGAUGUGCCAACUGCCAACGAUGUCUUUGACUUGGCAUUCUCACAGGAUGCCUUUAUCCAUUCCGUGUCCAAGAAGAGGACGUUUGCUGAGGCAUACCGUAUCGUCAAGCCUGGCGGUGCUUUGGUCUUUUGCGAUCUCAUGAAUGGAGCCGACCCCGAUGUCUCCGUCGAGGAACACUACAACUUCACCAAAAGCAAUGUCGUCAACGAUUGGCUGACGCCAGAAGAGAACAUGCAGGCAUGCCGGGAUGCUGGAUGGAGGGAUGUCCAAUGGGUUGACUUGACCACGGAUAUUCGUAUCUCCUUCCAGCGUAUGUUGAAGAAGGUCACCUUUGCUUUGGAGCAUGGACAUGCCAUCUCCAACUCGGACCGUGUCCAGCUCAUGGACUACCGAGACAGCAUCUUCACCCGCAUCACACAGAUUGACCGUGGACUCUUCAAGUGGGCAGUCAUUCAUGCACGCAAACCUGUCUACAUGGAGUUGGCCUGCAAGCCACCGGUGCCAUUUGUCAACACCAAUGGUUUGGUCACCGAUCUCAGCGCCGAGGAGAGCAACGAUACAGCUGAGAAGUCCCCCAAGGGUGACUUGAACGUGGUGGUGGUGGAUAUCAUCACCAAAAUGCCCAAGGCAAAGAUUGACGCCUUGCCUUCGACGGUCGAGCUCUUGAUCACCAUGUCCGCUGGAUUGGAUCACAUUGACAUGGAAGCUUGCGCUGCCAAGGGCAUUACUGUGAAGCAGUCCGGUCGCGAGUCCAUCACAGAACAUGUGGUCCAAUACGCUUUGGGUUUCCUGAUCCUGGCGCUUCGUGAUGCCUUCAACCAGAUCAGCGUCCCAUUCCCAGCCAAAGGAUGGAACCUCAACUGGAAUUGCGAGGGCAAACCAAUCACGGACAGCACCAUUGCCAUUGUGGGAAUGGGACUCAUCGCCAAGCAACUUGUCGAACAAAUCCGAAAGAUUGCUCCCAACACUCGCAUCUGCUACCACGUCCCGGCAUGCUUCAAGGAUGUCGACGCGGAAGAAAAGUACAAUCUCGAGUACUGUGCCACUUUGGAAGAUAUGGCAGCAGACUGUGAUGUCCUCUUGCCCCUUUGUCCUUUGAGCAGGCAUACCGAAGGCAUCAUUAGCCGCGAGGUCCUGAACAAACUCAAGCCCACUGCCGGUUUCGUCAACAUAGCUCGCGGAGGGCUUGUCGACCAUGAGGCCCUGACGGAGAUCCUCGAAAAGAACGCCAUCAAAUACGCCCUCUUGGACACUACCUUCCCCGAGCCUCUCCCUGCCGACCACCGAUUGUGGGGACUGAAGAACUGUUACAUCUUUCCCCACUACGCAACAAACACCAUGGCUGUCCGUGAAGCUUUGGUCAAUGAGAUCCAGCCCAUUAUCGAAGAACACUAUGGCCUUGGCCACUCUGAUGAAAAGCUUCGCAAGGAGGAGUGUGCCCUCCGAUACGACUUGGCUGUGGCCCACCGUCUGACGGCAAAGUAUGGCAUGGACAUGUUGGUCUGGAAUCACAUUUCGGCUCGCUUCCGCACUGGUUGCCUCAUCACACCCGGACGCAAGAUGUGGUCCAAGAUCAACCCAUCGGACCUUGUCUUUAGCUCGUCCAACGUCACUGCCGACAUUAUCCAUGAUGCCAUUUACGCCGCAAGACCCAAUUGCAAGGCCAUCAUCCACUUGCAUACUCCUGCUGCUACUGCCGUGUCUUGCUUGGAGUCUGGAUUCAUUCCCUUCACACAGGAUAGCGCAUACUUUUACGGCAAGGUUGCCAACUACGAAUGGGACGGUGUGUCUGACGACGCCUCAGAAGGUCCUGCCAUUACUGCCGCCGUUCGGUCUGCUCCUAAUGCCAACACUUUGCUCAUGAACAACCACGGAUUUGUAUGCUUCGGAUCGUCCGUCCGUGAGGUUUGGGUCUUGGCCUACUACUUCGAGCGAUGUUGCCAGGUUCAGCUCGAUUUGCUGAAGACGGGCGCCAAGGUCCGUAUGCCGAACAAGGCUGUCAUGGAAAAGGCCGCCGCAACAAGCUACCUUCCCGAAUUCGCCCCCGGUGUUUGUGAGUGGGAGGCUCUCUGUGAGGAGGUUACCUUUGACGAGUAAGCACCAGGCUGCUCAAGGCAAGUUAUCGGAGCGAGACCACACCUCAGCGGCUGCCAACAAAAACCUGACCGAGCCGACGGUGCUAGCUAGCAAGAACACAUUUUUGGAUUUCUACAUAUUAUUAUGAAUAAACACGUAUACUCUGAUAGAAGAGCUUUUAUAUUC